UGCGGUCGGCGCUGUAAUACGAAUGUUUAUAUAUAGCCCGAUGAGGCGCACUUCGUGAUUUAGUCAGUAUCGAAGCUUUAACCAAACCUCAUCGAAGCGCGAAUCGGAAAUUGGAAUCGCACCCACACCAGCCACAAUGUUUCAGAAAAGGAUUAUCGAAUUGAUCACGGUCCUCGUGUACUGGGUGAUCAUCACGCCGACCCUCUACAAGUACUGCACCGAGAAUGGCAUCGUGCGGAUGAGCUUCGACACCUUGGUGGGCACUGUGGGUGACCACUGCACCCUGGCUCUCUGCCUGAUGAUUGGAUACGUCGUCUUCUACCGCAUCAUCAUAUUCAUCUACAUGAAGUUCAAAGUCUGCGAUAUACGCAUGUGGGACGAGCUGCAAAAGGCCAAAACGGAUCCCGAGGCGGGCUUGGACAAGAAGUCCUACUACCAGCCCGUCUCCACCGAGAACAUCGAUGUGGUGGACUCUGGCAAAAAGAAGGGCAGGCCAUUGACUCCGAAGAUGAUAAGAACCAUCAGUAAUCCUUUGCUCAUCGAAAGCGAUUUGGCUCGCAUUCACAUCAAGCACGAAACGCGGCCACUGGAGAGUGCCACCCUGCCCAGGGUGCAGCAGGCGCAGGUCCACCCUAGCCCGAGUCCCAGCCUGAGGUGCGCACCACCCGUGCCCCAGGUGCAGAAGAGUGCCACCCUGCCGAAUCAACACAGCAAAGGCGUGAUCAUGUCUCCCAAGGUUCUGAUGCCCAGACCUCAGCAGGUGUAGACCCAAGUGAUUAGUGCCUAAAAGUCGGCUCAUUAUGACGACCACCAGUUUUGGUUUUAGUUUCUGUGAAAUUCUGAGCUCAACUUAAGAGGACCCAGUCCGCACCAAGUAUUAGCUACUGCCCAAAGAUCGAUUCUCGAAACCGUAUCGAACACGAAAUUAGUCAAUCCACACAUUCCAGAGUACUCGUUCGCACGAGCUAAAUGAAUUCAUAUGUUAGUUAGUGAAUAUAUUUAUUACUAGUCAUAAGGCAGCUAAGCUAUUGUUAUCUGUGUACCUACUUAUCGUUAAUCAAACGCACAAAAUGCGUGAAUAUAUUAAAUGGAAAUAAAUGAAGUGCAGCUUUUGCAAAACUUAACUAAA